AUGUCUACACUCUUUGGAUCAUCACCCGCAGCGUCUGCCACCACCAGUACAACCGGAGACCUUUCCAAAGAUGUCGCCUUGGUGCAACCGCCAGAAGACAGCACGUCGCAUCUCGCAUUCUCCCCGCAGGCCGACUUUCUCGCGGUCUCGUCAUGGGACAAAAAAGUCCGGAUAUACCAAGUGAACGAGCAGGGGCAGAGCGAAGGGAAGGCUGCUAUGGAUUUUGACGCCCCGGUGCUGGGCUGCGCAUGGUCAGAGGCGAGUAGUGCCGACGAUGGCCAAAAAGUUGCAGGCUGCGGCGCCGACAAGACAAUCCGACUCCUUGACCUGGCAUCAGGCAAUAUGACUCCGCAAACUCUCGUCGCCCACGAGCAGCCCGUUCGAGCGUGUCGCUUCGCGACUAUCAAUGGCUCAUCCAUUCUCAUCACCGGCUCGUGGGAUAAAACCGUCAAAUACUGGGAUCUGCGGAGUCCAAACCCCGUCGCAACAUUACAAUGUCAGGAGCGAGUCUACACGAUGGAUGUCAAGAACAAACUCUUGGUUAUUGGUACUGCAGACAGAUACAUCAACAUCGUCGACCUGAACUCCCCCGAGAAAUUCUACAAGUCAGUACAGUCUCCGCUGAAGUUUCAGACAAGGGUGGUCAGUUGCUUCACAGAUGCCACGGGUUUCGCUGUGGGCAGCAUCGAGGGAAGAUGUGCAAUCCAAUAUGUGGAAGAAAAAGCCGCCGAUAACAACUUCAGCUUCAAAUGCCACCGCGACACACCCGCCACCACAGGCCCCAAUCGUGAUGUCGCCAAUGUCUACGCUGUCAAUGCCAUCUCGUUUCACCCGGUACAUGGCACAUUCUCCACGGCAGGCAGCGACGGAACUUUCCACUUCUGGGACGGAAAUGCGAAACAUCGACUCAAGGGAUAUCCAGCUGUGGGCGCGCCGAUUACGGCAACCGCGUUCAAUAGGCAGGGAACCGUGUUUGCAUAUGCAGUGUGCUACGACUGGAGUCAGGGUUAUCAAAAGAACACGCCUCAGACACCAAAUAAGAUUAUGUUGCAUGGCGUGCAGCCGGAAGAGGUUAAACCGAGACCCGGAGGCAAGAAGAGAUGA